AUGGCCAAGAAGGACAAAAACAACAUACCAAAUCCAAAUGUAGUCCCGAAUCGAGAUAUCAUCCAUCGUCUCAAUUUUUUGUAUCAAGCCAGUGUUUACCUUCAUAGCGUGGACGAGGACGAUUCUUGUAGCACCCUUUCGACUUCGCAGCCGCAGCCUGAGCCUCAAGUGUCGGCGUCGUCGAGUGACGCUGGUGUUGUAGCGAAAACAAAAACGAGGGGGAGGGGGAAGAAAAGGAAGAUAUGGAAAGUUGGGAUGGGAGAUCUUGCGAAAGCGUAUAUCGGGACUAUGAAGGUUGUUAGUACCAAAACGACGGUUAGGAUGGAUCCAUCUAUCAAGAGAACGCUUUGUCGAGGUUGUAAUACCGUUUUGGUUGUUGGGUCGACAGCAUCGGUGAGAGUGAAAGGCUCUCCUUGUCAUGGACAUUCCAUGAGAUAUACCUGUUUGAAAUGUCAACAUUCACGCAAUAUUCCAGCUCCCCCAACCAACGACGAAAGUGAUCGUCGUGAUAUGGAUAUGGACAUGACCUCCGAGUCGGCACCAACUUCAAGUACGCGUUCGCGGCGAGGAAAACUACAAAAGUCGAUAACUCCUCGUGGUGGUCCUCCGUUAUUUGCUCGAGACGUUGGGCAUGUCGUUUUCGUGGGGGAGAGAGAGGUUUCGGUUGAUAAGCAGGUUUUCGGGAAUGGGAGUUUUGUCACUUAA